CCCAGGGUAUUGCUGCAUAUCCGGGCGACAAGCCGAUGGCCGAGUGUAUGGGUUGACGAGCGCACGGAUUGGUCUUCUAUUGGCUGCUCGUAUUGUUUCUCCGCGUUCUCAGCCACAAGGAAAAGAUCGGAGUCUGCCACGAUGGGAACAGGUUUUACCUCGCUUGCAUCAUACUCUGCAUCCAUACGAAAAAGUCUUACCCCAGCUGAGCAAGGCGUGAAAUGAAUCAUCCGAUCGGGACAAUAGGGAUUCUUAGUCGGGAUAAAACCUCUGCUUUCCCUCGUUCCUGGUCCAGCGUUUCUUGGUUUUCUUGACCACUUUCUAUCUAGAAUCUCUGUCAAGAUGGGCUCGAGCAAAGAAGACAUCAGCGAAAAGCCUACUGCAGGGGAUGAGCUUGCUGCAGUCUUGCCAGCUGGCGAUCGCCCCUGGUAUCGGCAAGGCCAUCUCUUGCGCCUCAACCUCAUUAUUCUCUCUCUGGUUAUGUUCUCCUCUGCCAACGGAUUUGACGGAUCCCUCAUGAACGGUCUUGAGGCUCUGGAUCAGUGGAAGAGCUUCAUGAACAAUCCCACGGGUGCCAAGCUGGGGUGGCUGAAUGCCAUCUACUGGCUAGGCUGUGGUGUCGGAUACCCGACGGCCUCGUGGAUUGCCAACAAGUACGGACGCAAGCCCGGCGUGUACGUGGGGUAUGUCUUUCUCGCUCUCGGCACUGCGUUGCAGACGGCCGCCCCCAACCCCGUGGCUUUCAUGCUUGCUCGGCUGUUCCUGGGCUUCGCCUCGGCGAUGUUUGGCAACUCGGUCCCCUUGCUGAUCAACGAGAUCGCCUACCCGACGCACCGUGGCAUCCUCAACUCGCUGUUCAUGUCCGGAUGGUACGUCGGUGGCACGGUCGCCGCAUGGGUCGUCUUCGCCUCGCGCACCUACCCCUCAUCGUGGUCCUGGCGGCUGCCCUCGGUCCUGCAGGCCCUGGUGCCCGUGGUCGGCCUGCCGGGGUUCCUCUGGGCGCCCGAGAGUCCUCGCUGGCUGUUGUCCGUGGGUCGCGACGAGGAGGCCCGCAAGAUCCUGGCCCAGUACCAUGCCGCAGGGGACGACUCCUCCCCGCUGGUGAAGUACGAGUUCGAAACCAUCCGAGCCACUAUCCGCGCGGAGCAGGAAGCCCACAGCAGCGGCAGCUACGUGGAGAUGGUGCAAACGCCGGGAAACCGGUGGCGGCUGAUGAUCUCCGUGAGCCUGGGGUUCUUCGCGCAGUGGUCCGGCAACGGCGUGGUCUCGUACUAUCUGUCGUUGAUUCUGACCUCCGUGGGCGUGACCCGCGUGCGCGACCAGACGCUGAUCUCGGCGUGUCUGCAGAUGUGGGAUCUGGGCUGUGCCGCGCUGGGCGCGUACCUGAUCGACCGACUGGGCCGCCGACCGCUGUUCCUGGCCUCGGCGGGCAUCAUGCUGGUCAGCUAUGUGUUGGUGACUGCGCUGUCAGGCUCGUUCAAGUCGACCGGGGAUUCUGCGACGGGGGCCGCCGUCAUUCCGUUUCUGUUUAUCUUCUUCGCGGGUUACUGCAUUGCUUUAACCCCCUUUCUGACCGCCUACCCCUGCGAGAUCUGGCCGUACCGCCUCCGCUCCCGCGGCCUGACGGUGACGUGGUGCGCCACCAUCGUGGCCAUGUUUUUCAAUACCUUUGUCAACCCCAUCGCGCUAGAUGCGAUCGAGUGGCGCUACUAUAUUGUGUUCAUCGCGGUGCUGGUGGUGUUCGGCGUCACGGCAUAUUUCUGGUACCCGGAGACCAAGGGGUAUUCGCUGGAGGAGAUUGCGGUCAUCUUCGAUGGGCCGGGGGCGGGCUUAAGGGGCGGGGUUGAGGGGGGGAAGGCUGGGCGGAGAGGGACGAGUGGGAAGGGAAAGGACGUUGUGCAUGCGGAGGAUGUUUAGUGGGUCGUCUUGGGGGUAUAUAGUAUGAAUGUAUAUUGUUCUGAUGAUUUUUAUAGCUUUGAUGCCUGGGAGGAUGACAGGGAGGGUAGUGCUGUCACUCUGGCAUCUACAUACCUGGGUAAUGUGUUUUUAAGGUUCGAGGCAGUCAACCUUUUGUCUAGGAUAUAUUAUUUUGACCCCGCUAGG